AGUCGAAGUUGUUCCUCUAUCAGUAGUAAACAUAAACAAACAUGUACAAAUAAAAACUAAAAAAUUGAAUCAAACAAUAAAAUAAAUAAAUAUACAAUGAGUUGUAAUUAUGCGGAAGGGCUGUCAGCAUACGAAAAUAAGGGCGUCUUAGGUGUACCAGAAAACUUUGACAGCGAAGAAAUUGUCAACCAAAAAUGCAAAGAGUUGGCAAAUUUAAUAAAAGAGUCGAAACAUGUUGUAAUCCACACAGGAGCAGGCAUUAGUACAUCGGCUGGUAUACCAGAUUUUAGGGGUCCUAAAGGAGUCUGGACGCUUGAGCAAAAAGGUGAAAAGCCUACUUUUAACAUAUCUUUUGACGAAGCACAGCCAACAAAAUCUCACAUGGCACUGCGGGCUUUAGUCGACCACGGAUAUGUUCAUUAUAUCGUCUCGCAAAACAUUGAUGGACUUCAUUUAAAAUCGGGACUUGAUCGCAAAUAUUUAGCGGAGCUUCAUGGCAAUAUUUUUAUUGAGCAAUGCCAAAAAUGUCGUCGACAAUUUGUUCGCCAAACUGCUGUGGAAAAGGUGGGUCAAAAACUAUUGGAUCUUCCAUGUAGAUCCAUUGAUAUGGACAAUAGUCGAAGUUGCCGUGGUGGAGUUAUGCACGACAAUGUCCUGGAUUGGGAACACGAUCUGCCGGAACGGGAUCUAGAUAUGGCAUUUAUGCAUUCCACAUUAGCUGAUCUUAAUAUUACACUGGGCACCACGCUACAAAUCGUUCCAAGCGGCAAUUUGCCACUUAAAAAUCUCAAACAUGGCGGUAAACUUGUCAUUUGCAACCUGCAACCAACAAAACAUGACAAGAAAGCAUUUUUAGGCAUAUCUAGUUAUAUUGACGAUAUAUUAACAAAAGUAUGCAAACGUCUGGGCAUAGAAAUUCCAGAUUAUUCCGAUGAAUCGGAUCCCACAAAGCAUUCCAACAUUGCAGAAUGGACUCUGCCACAAGAAUAUGUAAAAGCUUUGGACAAACUAUUCAAAGAACACCAGAAAAUUACAGCCAAGAAACGCGAAAACAGUUCUUUAAAAUGUAAACACUUAAUUGACGAAAAAUCAAUUAAAAAGCGAAAAUGCAGUGAAUAAAGAAUAAACUUACUUUUG